AUGGAGGGCGUCUCGGCCGCGCCGCCCGGUCACAAGACGACGGCGCCCGCGUCCCUCUCGAGCACGCCCGACCUCGUCCACCAGGCCAAGAUGGACGUCGAGGACGACCACCACCGUCGCGGUCCGCCCCUGUCCGACACGCCCGGCGGCGACUGCCGCAACGUCUGCAUCCGCCACGCCCGCAUGGCCAACGGCUCGACCAACCUCAUGCUCCAGAAGUCGCUCGAGGACCUCGCCCCGCACGAGCAGCAGGCCGUCAACACCGUGUGGAGCCUGUUCUCGUCGUCGCCCGCCCGCCGCCGCCUCCUCAUCCUCCGCGGCCUCCUCACCAUCGCGUGCCCGUCCCAGCUGUCGUUCCUCCAAGAAGCGCUCAGCCUCGAGAUGCGCCUCGACCCGGUCGAGCUCCUGCCGCGCGAGGUGACGCUCAAGAUCUUCGGCUACCUCGACGCCAUCACGCUCGGCCGCGCCGCCCAGGUGUCGCGCGCGUGGAAGGGCAUGGCCGACGACGACCUCCUGUGGCGCACCAUGUGCGAGCAGCACAUCGAGCGCAAGUGCGAGAAGUGCGGGUGGGGCCUGCCGCUCCUCGGCGAGCGCCGCCGCAAGGCCCGCCUCGCCAUGAACGCGCUCCCGACCUCGCGCGCCGGCGAGACGAGCCGAGGGCGCGACAGCGACGUGCGCCGCAUGCUCAUGGACACGGCGACGUCGGCCAUGCAGGCCCAGCGCUCCAAGACGAGCUCGCCCACCCCGUCGCGCCCGUCCUCCCCUCGACCGUCGCGCUUCGCCCCGUCGUCCACCGCCACCGCACCCGUCACCGAGCUCCCGCCGGCACUGCCGCUCACGCGGCCGUGGAAGCACGUCUACUGCGAGCGGCUCGCGAUCGAGCGCAACUGGCGCCGAGGGACGUGCGCCGCGACGGUCCUGUCGGGCCACACCGACUCGAUCACGUGCCUCCAGGUGGCCGAGGACCUGCCGCACCCGUCGUUCCCCGUCCUCAUGACGGGCUCGUGGGACCGGUCGGUGCGCAUCUGGAACCUCGAGACGGGCAAGGAGGUCGGCGUCCUGCGCGGCCACACGCGCGGCGUGCGCGCGCUCCAGUUCGACGCGCUCAAGCUCGUCACGGGCUCGAUGGACUCGACGCUCAAGAUCUGGAACUGGCGCACGGGCGAGUGCAUGCGCACCCUGCGCGGCCACCGCGACGCCGUCAUCUGCCUCACGUACGACAAGCAGCUCCUCGUUUCGGGCUCGGGCGACUCGACGAUCCGGGUGUGGGACUUUGGGACCGGCGAGGUCUACACGCUCCGCGGCCACUCGGAGUGGGUCAACUCGGUCGCGCUGUGGGACUCGAAGGCCGACGGCGCUGCCGGUCCAGGCGGUGCGGCGACGAGCGCGGGCGACCUCGGCGCGCCCAUCAGCAACCCGGAGCAGGCCAAGCAGUCGUCGAUGGGCAAGUACCUGUUCUCGGCGUCGGACGACGCGACGAUCCGCGUGUGGGACCUGUACUCGCGCACGUGCGUCCGCGUCCUGUCGGGCCACGUCGCCCAGGUCCAGAGCCUCAAGGUAUACGUCGUCGGGCCGGGCGAGGACCAGGGCACGGCCGCGUUCCCCGCGUCGCUCCUCCAGCCGCCGGCGACGACGCCCGGCCCCGACUUCGAGUUUGCGUCCGACAAGAAGCCCAUGGUCGUCUCGGCGUCGCUCGACAACACGGUGCGCGUGUGGAACGUCGAGAGCGGCCAGUGCGUGCGGCAGCAGUUUGGCCACCUCGAGGGCGUGUGGAGCGUCGACGUCGACAAGCUCCGUAUCGUGUCGGGCAGCCACGACCGCACCAUCAAGAUUUGGGACCGCGACUCGGGCAAGAACCUGCACACGAUCGUCGGGCACAAGGCGGCUGUCACGUCGGUCCUCCUCACGGAUCAGUCGGUCAUCUCGGGCUCGGACGACGGUGAGGUGCGCCUGUGGAGCUUUGCGCCCAAGGAGACGUUCUAGCGUCGUCUCGCUCGCACCCACUUUUCCCUUUCCCUCCCCGUCCCUCUUCUUUCAUCAGUGCCCGUCCUGCGUGUUGCUUGCCAAUCUAGACCUUUCGUUCCUC